CUAUUCCUGGACUAGUUAUAGAGUUGUUGUGGAAUUGUUUCAUCACUAAAUAUUUCCUCUCUUUGCAAGUCGAUGCAUUCCAGUUCAGACAUCGAUGCAAGCAGUCCAACUCAACAAAUAGUUGGAGGAGACAGCUACAGACACAAGGGUGAUAGCAACUGCGAGCAAGAGAUCAGGCAAGCACUGGAUAAAUAUUAUCUGGCAGUGAGCAAAAAAGCAAAGACAACUCCUAAACCUGUGGCAAUGAGCAAAAAAACAAAGACAACUCCUAAACCUGUGGCUAUAAUCCCAGCAAGAGCCAUCAGUCUCGACGACUACUACACUGAUGAUGGGGACGACAAGAUGAAGCAUGUAAAGCCUCCAUAUUCUUAUCUUGUAUUGAUCUCAAUGGCAAUACAGAACUGCCCUGAGAAGAGACUUACGCUCAAUGGCAUACACGACUAUAUAACUCAGAAAUUCCCGUACUACAGAAAUAGAAAAGGAUGGCGAGAUGUGAUGCGUCGCACUCUCUCUCUGAAAAAAUGCUUUAUGAAACUGCCUGGAAAGAGUGGCAGAAGUCAUCACUGGGUUCUCGAUCCUAACCAUGAAGUUAUGUUCAAGGAAGGCAACUACAAGCGGUCGGUGAAGAAAGUAGCCUUCUCAGCAACCAGUUAUGCAAGUCCAUACACACUGCAGAGCCCUCUUGCUGCAGCUCAGUCUCUCGCACAUAAUCCUGCAGACCUUUCCUCUUACGGUAGUCAAAGUUUCAUGUAUUCUCCUCGCAGCACCUCCGACAUUGAACGAAACAGCUCCCUUCCGUUGAUCACUCCUUACUCUCCUCCCUACUCUCCUCCCUACUCUCCUCCCUCCUCUAUGUUCUCAACAGGACUAUCCUACACUGAACAGCUAGCUACUGGUAUGGAUACUUCACCACUUUCGCUACUUGGAGGUUCAGCAAUGACUCAAGACAGCUCGGUGAAGCUAUCUGCUUUUUCAAUCGGAACCUCCGGCAAUACUUUAUCGCAAUCACUUCACACGAGCCCUGCUUCUCUCUGGCAUCCCGGACAUUAAUUUGCUUAGAGAGAAAACUGACAUUGUACAUACAGGUAUCACAAUUCAUAUCAGCAAGAACAGUCAGUGUACAUGUGUCGUUUUGAAUUGUUUGGCUCCCAUAAAUGUUCACAAGUCCGUCAUUUAAUUUGUUGAGCAUCACUUCAAUCAGUUAUUCACAUCAUAGAGUUGCUUAUUAUUACAGCAGAUUCAUAAUAAUAAAUUAUUAAUCCAGGUUAUGAUAGUGUUGGAGUUGGUCAACAAUGGAGACCUCAGGAAGUCACUCAGAUCAAGGUACCCCAUGCAGCUGUCAGUUUAUACUAGCUACUGUGUUAGUAUUCUAUACUUCAUAUUGUGCAUGCCUCUAAUUAUUGUCCUAGCACUAGUAGCUCUGUAGAGUACACUCCACUACUCUCACAGCCAAUCAGUGUCGGACACCCUCCCACAGCAGCUGCUCAGCUUCUCCUCCCAGGUGGCUCUGUAAUCCCCGUCAAGUGGACAACCCCAGAGGUCAGUUGGGGGGGAUGUCUAAAAAUAUUGUUUUUGCUAUUUCUCUCCUGUAGGCGAUCCAUUAUAUCGCAGAUACUCCCCUGCCAGUGGCGUGUGGAGCUUUGGAGUCCUCCUCUACGAGAUAUGGAGUCUGGGCGCAUCACCAUUCAAGAACAAGACAGCUGAAGAGACUGUGGCGCUGGUGGACAGUGGGUAUCGAUUAUCACCACCUCCGGGCUGCCCCAAGGCUAUCUACCAACUCAUGAUAGAGUGCUGGUAUGUACUAGUCAAGUAUAGUUUAGUAUACCGUAUAUAGCGGUUAUUGUCGUAGGGUGGACAAUUAUUUUAGAGCAGUUCAUAUUGAUUAAAUGGAGCAUUAAUAAAUAAUGUGCAUGAUACUGAUGAUCUACUACUAAGUAGAAUAGCCAAGUUAUAUCAACAGAUUUGCUACACAAGAGUCUGUGAAGAAGUUUCCAACAGCCUUCAAAGUAAGUAAAACAUAGACAUAACUUGAGAACGAAGCAUUAAAUAAUAAUUGCAAUCCAAAAUAACGUGACUAGAUACCUAUAGAAGCUACUUUCACUUCAUUAAUCAUUGAGCAUUUGUAGCACUCUACACACACACACACACACACACACACAUAUAGACAGACAGACAGACACACAAGCACACUACGUAGACCACAACCGAGGCAUAAUUACUUUUGCAUACACUUUUACAUAGUUAUGGAAUGUAAAAGCCAUGCAUGCAUGGUAGAUUGUAGAUGUGUGUAUUGCUUAAGUUGUGUAACACCUCCAAUAAGUGUGUACAUGUACACUGGUUGUGUUUAGGUUGCCAGAUAUAGCCCAGCACCAUUAGCAGUGAAGUAAUCAUAGUUAGUAUGUCCUAAUUUUGAAUGUUCUCUGUUCAGAUUGAGAUCAACCCAUACGUUCUGGAGGGCCAGAUGUGCGAUGAGUGUCACGGUGUGCAGUGUAACAAGAAGCCUGCUCCUUUCUUCUGUGCCAAUCUAAACUGCUUGCAGUAUUACUGUGAAUACUGCUGGGCCACCAUCCACUCCAUGCCAGGAAAACAGAAUCACCGAUCAUUGCAGAAAGACCUUCACAAAACUCCCUUCUUCUGAGAAUGUAUAUCACAUCAAUAUUUUGGCUGGUAUUUAUUGUAUUGAACUCGGUGUUUGGAACGUCAUCACUUUUGGUUUUAUAUUUAUUUCGAUUCAUAUUUUCAUUUAUUUUUUGCGGACUCUUGUAUCAUGAUCGCUCAUUGUGUUUGUAACUCAUUUAGUUUCUACAGUCCAACUUUGAUGUUUUGUACUUGCUUACAUGUCGUUACCAUGACUAGUCUAUAUGGAACAUUUGCAUUGGAUGACUCGAUCUAAAGUACACGUACAUGUACAUGCAAGCUUCGUACUCUGAAAACAUCAUAGUUGUCAUCUCCACCUGAGGCUAAGAGCUGACCGUCAGGUGACCAUCUGAGCCUGCACACCUCCUGUGUGUGACCUUGGUAGCGUUCGAUUGGAAGAGAGGCCUCUCGAUGGUCCUAGGCAACAGAUCAGAGGAAUACCAUGUGACUGCAUGCAGACAUAAUUGCU